AGAGGAAGAUGCUUUAGAAUAUUCUCCCUGAGAGCGACUUUAGACUCGUAAUUUCUUCCCUUUCAUAAUUUCUCAAUCCGUCCCCAUAAAUACGCUUGUCCUCACCGUUAUCACUUCUUCCCACCACCGUCUCUCUUUCGUCACUUUCACCUUUCUCUUCUUUCGGCGCAACCGUCUCCUCCAAACUUUAGCCCAUUUCAACAAAACGUAGAAGAUCAUGUGCGCUAACGUUUCGCAGCUCGACCAAGAACAACUCAUCGAGAAGCUCGAGAUCUUCAAGAUCCAUGGAAGAGACAAACAGGGCCGCAAGGUCCUUCGCAUUAUAGGCAAAUUCUUCCCUGCUCGGUUUCUGAGUGUUGAUGUGCUUAAGAGUUACUUGGAGGAGAAGAUCUAUCCUCGCCUAGGGAAGAAGCCUUUUUCUGUGUUAUAUAUUCACACCGGAGUUCAAAGAAGCGAGAAUUUUCCUGCAAUCUCAGCCUUACGAUCUGUCUACGAUGCAAUACCAAUCAACGUCAAGGAUAAUAUCCAGGCCGUUUACUUUCUCCAUCCAGGCUUACAGGCUAGGCUCUUCCUUGCCACCUUUGGCCGUCUCCUCUUCAGCGGCGGGGUGUACGGGAAGCUGAGGUAUGUCAACAGAAUUGACUAUCUGUGGGAGCACAUAAGGAGGAAUGAGGUUGAAAUUCCAGAAUUUGUUCAUGAUCAUGAUGAGGAUUUGGAGUACCGUCCGAUGAUGGAUUAUGGAUUGGAAAGUGAUCAUCCUAGAGUUUAUGGUGCAGAUGCACCCACGACGGAUUCUCCUGUGUGUAUGUACUCCAUGAGGUGUCUAUCGUAAAUUAAAAUUGGGGCAUCAUUGAGCUUCACUGGGAUGUUGGUGAGAUGCUCUUAUUUUGUGUAUAUAAAGUCCUCGAGCUCAGAUCUCAGAAGUCAGAACUGGAAGACAGAGAGAGGAGAGAUUUUAGUUUUUAAAUUGGGUUCGUUAUAAGAUGAGUUGUAAUAUUUUUUUUGGAUUUCAAGCUGAAUCCCAAGGCUUCCAAGGA